AUGGGCGAGGACGGCAUAAAACUGCUUCAGCAGAGGCUGGCCGAGCGAACCCGCGAACAUAAAGCAACAAGCGAAACAUUCCUAGAGAGCAAAUUUCGUAAGCUGCCUGCUCCAAUGUCAUCCAAGAACGACAAACUGGUGCACAACUUGUCGUCAAAGGAGCUGACGGAGGAACAAAUGCAGGUUUUACGGCAUGAGGCCGCAUUCAACACAACCGAUGCCAAACCUGCCAACGUGGUCGCAGCAGUGGAAUCAAUCCUCAGCCAGAUGGGAGCGACAGACGAAACAAAGGACCCCAUUCGACACCAAGUGUCCUCUCUCCUCAUGGCUUAUGAGCUGCGCGACGUGCUUUCCAAGGUCGGGCGCGAUGAACUUAAGGAACCCAGGGCCGACAACGACCUCGUUAUCGUGCCUGCGGACAAGGGGCGUUCAACGGUCGUAUUGGACAUGAUAGACUGCAAUCAAAAAACCAAUAGCUUGUUCGAGGGUCGUCAGUCCUAUGUCUCAUGCGAAUCCAACCCCGUAAAAACGCUGACACGCGAGAUUAAGGCGACGAUGUUGGCAAUGGUGAACUCAGGUGCAAUAUCUCCAAUCGACCGACGCAUUGAAAGAGCACAAGAAACCGCCCUGGCCCGAUUCUACGGUCUCCCAAAGUACGCACAAAUGGCUCUCCUCUCCGGCCUAUCGUAUCACUAAAAAGCACUCCAACCUACGGACUGGCACAGUGGCUGUUCCAACGUCUCAAGUUUCUGACCUCCGAUUCGAACACCACAGUCAGCUCUUCAACGCAAUUCUUGGAGAAACUUAAAGGGGUUAGCCUUCUGCCAAGCGAUUUCAUGGUUUCCUUUGAUGUCACGUCCCUUUUUACUUCUGUCCCGCAGGACCUGGCUGUCGAGACCAUUGAAAUACUCCUACGAGAGAAAUACGACGAAACGGAGAAUCGCCUUAGACACGCCCAAAUGAUUAAGCUCCUGAAGUUUUCUCUCAAGACGUAUUUUACGUUCGACGGAACAAUAUACGAGCAGGUGAAGGGAAGGCUAAUGGGUUUGCCGAUUUCCGGACUCAUAGCCGAGGCGGUCCUACAACGACUGGAGUCGCUGGUUUUCCGACACCACAGACCGAAAUUCUGUGCUCGGUAUGUGAAUGACACCUUCGUCGUCAUCAAACGGGAUCAGGUGCUGACAUUCAAAGAACAUCUCAACGCCGUCUUCUCGGACGUUCAAUUUACGAUGAAGGAAGAGGAAAACAACCUGCUGGCCUUCCUGAAUGUCCUCGUCUGCCGCAAAGUGUUCAAGAAAGCGACAAAUACCACGCAAAUACUGAACUUCAAUAGCGAUUACCCAACCAGUUACAAACGCAGUUGCGUAAAGGCGCUAUACCGGCGCGUCGAGACGCACAGCAGUGAAAUGGAAGACAAGGUUGCUGAAUUACAAUAUCUUCGACGGGUAAUGAGAGCCAAUGGUUACCCGCGCAACUUUGUCAACCAGUGCAUACGAAAAGGACACCAGAGACCAAAUCCAACCGGCCUCAAAUUUUAG